AAGUCAAUAUAGUAUGGUCUAGUUGAUCUGGUUGUCUGUAGGGAAUACCAUGCAAGUUGUGAAAUCUAUCCAUAUACAACUUGCACACACAAAAAUAUAUGAGAGUGUAACCAUAUAUAUAUAGACACAUUUGCACUUGAAACAAAUCACAAAUAUUCUUCCCCUAAAUAAUAGUACCUUAAUUUUUUCCAAGUCAUGAAUCUCUUACAGAUUUUAUCCCUCUUUUCUAUAUUCUAUUCCAUUUUAAAACUUUUCAACUUGUUUAUUAAACGUAGAAACCAAACAUGUUACAUGUUAGCCUAUGAAUGUUUCAAACCAAAAGAAGAUACAAUACUCAACACACAUUCAUGUGCAAAAAUAGUCAUGAGAAACAAAAACCUUGGUUUAGAGGAAUAUAGAUUCCUCCUCAAAACCAUGGUUAGUUCAGGAAUAGGUGAAAACACUUAUUGUCCAAGAAAUGUUCUUGAAGGAAGAGAAACAUGUCCAACUCUUAAAGACACAUAUGAAGAAAUAGAUGAAAUAAUGUUUGAUACACUCGACAACCUUUUCAAAAGAACAUGUUUUUCUCCUUCAGAAAUAGAUAUUCUUGUUGUUAAUGUUUCAUUAUUCUCACCAGCACCUUCACUCACAGCAAGAAUAAUAAACAGAUACAAAAUGAGACGAGAUAUAAAAGUUUUCAAUCUUGCAGGAAUGGGGUGUAGUGCAAGUGUUGUAGCUAUUGAUCUUGUUCAACAACUUUUCCAAACACAUGAAAAUUCAUUAGGAAUUGUUGUUAGUACAGAAGAUCUUGGUUCUCAUUGGUAUUGUGGAAAAGACAAAAAAAUGAUGCUUUCUAACUGUCUUUUUCGUUCAGGUGGUUGUUCCAUGCUAUUCACAAACAAAACAGAGCUGAAAAACAGAGCUAUCUUGAAACUCAAACACAUGGAGAGAACACAGUAUGGUGCUGAUGAUGAAGCUUACAAUUGUUGCAUACAAGUGGAAGAUGAACAAGGUUUUGCAGGUUUUCGACUAACCAAAAGUCUUGUUAAAUCUGCUGCACAAGCUUUGACAGUAAAUUUACAGACUAUGGUUCCAAAGAUUCUCCCACUAUGGGAACUGGUACGGUUUUUCACAAUUUCCCUAACCAAAAGUAUGAAAAAAAUUCAAUUUGGAAAUUUUUUUACUGAUUCUUUUAACCACGGUAAAAUGGUUAAAAAACCGAUGUUUAAUGUGUUAGGGGGUGGAUUAAAUUUGAAAACCGGGAUCGAACAUUUUUGUGUUCAUCCCGGUGGUAGGGCUGUUAUUGAUGGGGUUGGUAAGGGUUUAAGAUUAAAUGAAUAUGAUCUCGAACCAGCUAGAAUGGCGCUUCAUCGUUGGGGUAAUACUUCUGCUGGUGGAUUAUGGUAUGUUUUAGGGUAUAUGGAAGCAAAAAAGAGGUUGAAAAAGGGUGAUAGAAUUUUGAUGAUUAGUCUUGGAGCAGGUUUUAAGUGUAAUAAUUGUGUUUGGGAAGUUAUGAAGGAUUUGUCUGAUACUAAUGUUUGGAAAGAUAGUAUUGAUAGUUAUCCUCCUCCUACACUCAAUAAUCCUUUUAAGGAAAGGUAUAAUUGGAUUAAUGAUGAAUAUCUUAGCUUUGUGAGGUUGGAUUUUAGUAGUAUGGUGUUUAAGUAAGCAAUUAGGAGGGGGAUAAUAAUCAUCAUCAUCAUACAGAAGAAAGGUAUAGCUAUAUUAGCAUGGUUAAUUAAUUACAAAAUUGUGUAUGGAGGGAAAGAAAAAAAAAAUUGAUUUGAUAAACUCAAAUUACAUAUACAAGAUUAGGAAGUUGUGUUAUGUUUACAAUUUUCUAAAAUAUUUGUUUUUAUCUAAUGUUGUUUAAAGAUAUAGUCUUGUAUUAUUUGGUUAGAAAGGGUGAAAAGCAAGUGUUCAAAACCCUAUGUAUUGUGUCAUUUAUUGAUGAAAUAAAGUUCAUGUCAUUAAUAUGUGUA